GUCACACGUCCCCCUGCGUGAGAAACCAGGCUGCUGAAUCGAGCGAAGAACAAUCGCUCUACUGCUGCUGUAACUCCUUCGGCCCAAAUGAGAGGGGCAAACUCUUGACAUGUGUGCAUUUUCGCUCCGGGGCGGCUAUUUUAUCGUCUAAGUACUUACCUAGGUACAGAUACGAGGCGCUAUAUUCGUUGUUGUUUUUUUCUUGCGGCAGCUGUGGACGAAAGAAAAUUAGGCUGGCAGUUGAUUAGCUUGCUAGCUUGCUAGUGCUAACAGCUAACCCUCAGUGAGAGGUGAUAGUGAGGCGCUCUCGCAGUUUGUGAGCGUAACUCUGGGAUAACAAUAAGUGAAAUAAAGUAGUGCUGCACUGCUUGUAUAUUCGGGGAGCAAAGGACGCUUCUUUCCUAGUUUCCGUGUAGUUGUGGACGUUGUCACUCACUGCUGUGGAUUGCUACCUGGUACCUGCGUGUGUGUUCCCUGCUAGCCACGUAAACUGCUCGGUGUUGACGUAGCAGCGGGACGCUAGUCUGUCCGUCCUGUUUAUCCAGUCAAAAUUCAUGUAAAUGAGAGAUACUGAGGCAAAGAAUACUGACAGUCUGCCUGGUUUACCCUGACACCCUGAAGACCGUAUCUCACCGAGGACAUGAUGAGUUGUGAGUCAGGAUGCUCUAGCUGGAGCUGAAAGUGGGGCUCAUUGGUGUCCUGGUCCCGUUGGUUUGAGCGGAUGAUGAAGCGGCUCAUCUGGCUGAUAUCAGGAUUAAACCGAAGAAUGAUGAAGCUGCUUUUUGCCCUCGCUUUGAUCGCCUACAUUGCCUGUAAGUACGAUUUUAUGUGUCAACUGUCACUCAGUAAACUCGUGUGACUAGUCUAACUAGUCUACAUCAUCCUGUUUACAGAGGGCACACUGUCAGACUGAACAGAAAUGUGUGAACAUCAGCUAAGGCUCACCAUACUGAAAACAAUCAGACGCAGUUUUGUGAAAGUUUUAAGUGUUUGGUCUUGUAGUUUAGGUUAAAGCCUGAAAAACACAGUGGUAGAGGACUGGACAGUGUUUUCAGAUUUUCUUUUGCCAGCCUAUAAAGACUGUCUGUGUCAAAGUAAAGUAAAACAAUGAAAAUAGUGUCCUUUUAUAUUUUGCUUUAUGUUAGAUUGUUUGGUAUACUUGUGAACAUUUGGUUUGAUAAUUACAUUUUUUUCCCCAUCUAUUUAGGGAUGGGAAUUGAUAGGAUUUUAUUGAUAUUAAUGUCAUUAUCGAUUCUGCCUAUCGAUUCAAUUCUUCAAUGAUUCCCUUAUCAAUGCCUUUCUUUGAUUUUAAAAUGUAGACUAUAGGUGUUCACCGUUAACUCAAAGUAACAGAAAAGAUGUGUGCCACCUUCAGUGAGAGUCUAAAAAAAAAAAAAAAAAUCAAACAACAAACUAGGGCCCGACCAAUAUGGAUUUUUUGGGGCCGAUACCGAUUAUUAGGGGGAAAAAAAAUCAGAUUACCGAUUAAUUGGCCGAUUUUUCAAAUUUUUUAUGAAGUUAUAUAUAUAAAAAAAACAUAUUUAUACUGUAGAUAUAUAUGUACAGUACACUAUGUACUGUAGAUAUACUGUAGGCUACUGCUCCUCACGCCGACAGGAAGACUUACUUAUCAAACUCGGACCAGAAAAGCGUUUUCAACAACCCAGUAUAACAGUGUAGCAACGCUAAUAGCAGGUAACUAACUCUAACUUUAGCUUGCAUGGUGCUUUACCGUUUACUCAGCGUGACCAGACCAGCACAGCGGGGAACAUCGUGAAGUGGGUUGAACUGAGACUUGUUGACUUAUUGUGUAUUUCACAAACUGGUUUAUUUAUCGUUGAGGCGGACCACUCUCUUCGUUGCGCCAUCUACAGGAUAAGUCGGGGAACUUUUCAAAUGGCAGAACAUUUUCAAAGUGAAACCGAAUCUUAUUUUCGGCAUUUUAUUUCUGAAAAUAUCGGCAAAAAUCGGCAAGGAAUCAUUUGGGAAUCGUUAAGAUAAAAUGUGAACAAUGUCGAUGGAUUGAACCAUUUGAAACCGGUUCUCAACAAGAACCGGUCCUCGAUUCCCAUCCCGACAUCUAUUGGUUUAUCUAUUGGUAUAUUGCAUUGAAUAAAAUGGUUGGCACUUCUCCAAAUAUAAAUCACAAUUAUUGUGCUGUUCAUUUGAGUUGUGUCCCAAACAGCUACAUUUUUGAGUGUUGUUUCAGACUCACAUGUACGUAUUACUCAGACAGUCAGACAAGGGCUUGUUUUGAACCUAGAUUGGUUUAUAUUGGCAGAAAUGUUGGUUUGUCCGCCAUGCUGAAAGUUGUAAUUUUGAGAGUUGUGUUAAGAAUGCACAUGAUGUCUGUAAAACCCAUGAUGCUGUGUUUGUGCAUGUCAGGUGAUAUGAGAACAAGAAACUUGAUUUUACAAAUAAUUCAUAGCUGAAUAAAUAAUCUAAUCUAUUCCUUUAUUUAAUUCUCAUCAGUGAAGGGCUGAUUCAUCUAGAAAUAAUUUGUGAAGUUGAUUUGAAACUUCAGUUGUAGCAGAUAGUUUUGCUGACAAGAAAAAAUGAUCAAAUGUGAAGGGGCUGUUGAACGCACAGCCUUUGAGUUGAGGACAAGUGCAACUCCAAGUUAAGGCAAAUAAAAGGCAGAGUCAUUUAAUCUUUGAAUUUUAUAGAGGUGUCCCGAUACAACUUUUUUCUUUUUUUACUUCUGAUACGAUACCGAUAUUGUAGCCUUUAGUAUUGCUCAAUACCGAUAUUGAUCCGAUAUUGGCUCAAAAUUUGUGCAUGACAAGUUUUGCACUCAGCUGCAAUGUCUUUUUUUUUUGGGGGGGGGGGGGGUCGAACCAAAAAAUCCUGCCACACAGCAGACAUCCCUCCUACUCCUUGCUACUUUGUUAGUACCUUAGUACACAGUGUUGUUGUGAUUACGGAUCCGGGCACUGCAAGAUAGAGGUGCCGGAGCAGUAUCUGGAAUGGACAGUACACUUGUAGAACAUAAAUUAAGAUUUUACUUGGGGCAUAUUUUCUUAUUUUGACUUUCUCUUGGGUCAUUUUCUUUGUGCUCUUUAAAAGAAAAUGACCGGAUGUCUCACAGCUUUAAACAUGCGCUUUACAUUCAUCAUGUUGUUUUUGUGUUUUUUUUUUCCUCUCUCCCUCUUUUGCAGCUGUCUGGGGAACAUACACAAACAUGAGGUAUAGUCUUUCUUUCUUUUAUUAUCUAUAAUUCUUCAAAUUGCCAGUAAGGUACAUUUUAAAAACAGGAUAUUGGAUAUUUGUAGGGGGUCAAGAUGCAGCACAUCCAGUGCAGUUUACAUGAUCAUAAAAAAAGAUUCGUGUUCACAGAUAAUAGAAAAUUAUGACAAGUGUUGUAUCUACCACUCUUGACUGAUUAAGUAUCAAUACACAAAAUGUCUAAAUCAUAUUUCAGAUCAGUCCCAGAUUACUCACCUCUACAUGUCGUAUUUAGAGGGAGGAGUGGGAGGUCUAAUGAGGUUGUUUACGGAACAUGAUGACUCUGACCACAGUCAGCAUGAGGUCAUUUUACCCUUUCUCGUUACGUAGCUUUAUCUUUUUAAUAACACAAUCCUAACAACAUGUGGAAACCUCGAUAAAAAAACACAGCAGCGUUUAUUCUCAUAGAAAACACUUACCUGUGCAAAUUCAUAACUAGGUUUGGAAUGGUAUUGAGGUAUACAAUAAUAGAUGAGCACAUAUGUCCUUGUCUUUAUUCCACACAGUGACAAGUGCCAGCUCCAGGAAGCACACAUAACUGCUGUGUAAUUGAAUGAAAAUGUAUUUCACAAGACCCCCACCACCACCACCACCACCACACACACACACACACACACACACACAUACACUGCAUGCCUGACCACCACAAACCUGUUUUUAACAUGAUGGAUUACUUUGCCAAACCAACAGAGAGAUGCUAACGAAUCAGUAUUCAUGAAACAUACUUAUCAUUCCCCUUCUUUGGUAAGCACUGGAGUAAAACAAGUACUGCUUCUUUGUCCUUGGUGUUUGGCUUCUUGUCUGUAUUAUUGAUCAUCAGCUAUGUUUUGGGAGCUAAAAUGGAGGCUAAUGCUGUUGGUCAUGAACAUCCUUGAAUCUCAGCACUCUCCUUCGCAUCCCCAUCACACCCAGUACUUAGAUGUGAAAAAACAAAACACCUUUUUAAAGUUUUUUUUUUUUUUGAGCUUUUACCAGUGCCAAUCAGUGUUACUGACACAUUUGGAAGGACACACUUCCUAUUUCGCUCUUACUCCGAACCCAGCGGUCCAACAGUCAUCAAAAAGUCUUCAAACUGUAGAUAUAUAUUUUCAGCCUUCAGAGCUUAAGCUUGGUUGGGAUGCUAGCUUAUGCCGAGUAGACACUCAUGAGGAAACACUGAUGUGAAAAAUAUGGAUUUAUAAAGGCCAAGUAGUGGCAGCCAUGGUAAAAAGAGACGGACCAUAAAUUGAUUCAUUUAAAAUCUGUUAGCUUCACUGACCUAAUGUCUUGAUGUGUAAAGAAAAUAGAUGACAGAUACCACUCAGGUUAAGAGUAAGUGAGUUCUGUGGUUUUAUUUAGUCAGAGCAAACUAAUGGUGAUUAUGCUCUGAAGCAAUAGCAGAUUUUUAUGCAAUUACAAAUGCGAGUAUAAGCCUAAAACUUGUUUUGUUGACAGAAUAAGUUAAUAGUGAUAACCAUUAACAUAUCAACACAUAGAUACAUAUUUUACAGUAUACAAUGGCUACAAUAGAAGAUUUUUCCCCAGCCUCUCUCUAAAUGCAUGGGGGAAGGUGAUGGCUUAUGUGUUGGCAUAUAAAAAUAAUUGACAAGUUAAGAGCUUUUUCCAGUGGCCUUGUGAUAAUAACUGCAUUCAUCUCAUCCUACCAGUUCUUGACUUUAUCAUUUUUUCUUGUUGUAGAUCCAUACAGGAACAUGGAGAAAUGAAGAUUGAGCAAAGAAUUGAUGAAGUGAGUACAGCUCAGCUGUUAUUAUCUCUUAAUAGGUUGUUUUCCAACGUUUUCUUACAGGUUUGAUUAGCUCUGCUGUGUGUAUUGUUACAGAUUUAUAGGAGUACAACCUUGUAGUCUGUCCUUUAUUUUUGAUCAGCUAGAAAACUGUGCUAUAGCUGGCCCUGAUUUGAUCCAAGUUAACAUAAUGUAAUAGCUGAUUUUUUUAAGGUCAUGUUCUUAUUGGAUGUUGAAAAUGUUUAAUUUCUGUGUCUUAAAACCAGUUUCCUGCACACAGCUAAUAAAAGACUAUCAAAAUGCUGCUCAUAGUGUUUAUAAUAUUAUUCCAGAAAAGUAGAACCAUUUUGAUAGAGUUUUCACAAAUACAAGCACUUAAACUAGACACUGGAGAAUUUAAAUGUAGAAUAGGUUUUAAUCUAAUCGAAAAUCUAAUCUAAACUUCUCAGAGAAUGUGAUGAUGAGUAGUUUAAAAGUCGGUUUGAGUGGUUUGAAAGACUCAAAAAGCACUGUGAUAUAGAAGUCCAUACUAUCCCUACAUUACUUUUUUAAUACUGCCUAAAUGAUGAAUCAAGUUAUUACCUGUUAAGGUCGUUAGAAAAAUGUGGAGGGACAUAUCUGAUUCUGCUCCUCAGAAAACGGUAGGUCUUUACUGACGUACAGAUUAUCCACUGAGAAAUGAGCGCAUGGCAGAUGGCUGUAGGCACCCAACAGAAUUAAAACUCAGCAUUUUAUUUUCAUUUUUUACACCUCAACACCCAUAACAGUUGAAGCUGAAGGCAUUAUGUUUACAGGUUGUCUGUCUGUCUGUCUGCCCAUCCAUCCAUUUCUCUUGACGAGUUAUCUUAGGUAUGAGGAAAUGUCCUUAGAUGUUGCACAAAUUUCCAGUCAGGCUAAAGGAUGAACUUUGGAGAGUUUUAUGGUUGGUGAAAGGUCACACAUUUGCAAAGUAGUCCAAGUCUAUAAACUAACUAGAAAAACACUCGGAGAGCGCAGACCUCCGCCAAGCAGCUCACAGUAUCCUGAAUUUUGUCUGGAUCAGGAUCAACCUUUGACACCUCAUAAAACUCAUUGAGAUCCUUUUGUGUAAUUUUUUAUUUAAGACUCUGGCCAUUUUUAUAGAUAGAUAUAGUUAAAUGCAAAAAUUUCAAAAAUGUGCCCUAUCUCACAAUGAUAAAGAAUCCUUCAAAAAAUUCCUGGAUCCAGAAGGCGAUCCAGAUCACCACCAAAAUGUAAUGGGAUCCUCCUGGGGCUGAGACACACCUCUGGUGAAAAUUUCAGGUCAAUCCGUCUGUAACUUUCUCCGUAAAGUUGUUAACAGACAAACCAACUCGACCAAAAACAUAACCUCCUUGGCAGAGGUAAUUAUGAUAAAGUUUUUCAUGAAUAUUAAAUAAGAUUAUAUUGAAGGACGGGCUCACUCGGGCUCUUGGCCACAUUGAGGACCCACGGCGUGAGUCAGAGAUAUGAUCAAAGAGCAGUUUAUCAGACGUGGUUAUGAACAGUGAGUCACAGAUACAGAUGAGAUAUCAUGCCAUGGUCUGCCCCCUAUUGUGUGUCUCAACAUUCUCUGACACAAGAUCAGGAAAAAGAUCAACAAGUGGUUUAUAAUUAAUGGAAAAUGCAGAGAGGAUACAUUUGUUAACUUAGAUGUGUGUGAAUUUGGACACAUUAAGCUCAGUGGACUGUAAAUGAACAUCAGGCAUCAUGAUAAAAGUCAUCUCAAGUCUGUGAUUAUGUCUCAUGCAGCUCACCCCCUCUGUGCCACAAGCCUGCAUCAUCGUUUUAUGUUUUUUAAAUGCUAAUAUGGAUGUUUUUAUUUUCAUCCAGACCAGGAAAGCGAGAUUGGAUCACAAGAAAUUACUCAAGAUGCCUUUUAAUGCAAAGUGCGAACAUUCAUACUCAGUCAGAAGUGUUCAUUAGUUAUCCAGUCUCUUGGGACACAUAAUAAUACCAGGUCUAAAUACUCCCAAAGUCUUCAAUGGAAACAGUUAGCCAGCAUGUCUGGAAGGACAUGGAUUUGGACUGUAACGUUGUUUGGAGUGAAAACAUAGUUUCUGUGAUUUUCUGCAGCUGUUGCACGCUUAAGCCGUCAGUUCAUGUUUUAUGAUUAUAGAUGGUAAACAGAGCUUAAAUAGUGUAAUCGCAGCUUCAUCCUGAAAGAAGUUUCUUUUGUAAAGGAUUGUAGGCUGUCAGGAGACCUUUUACCUCCACAAGCUAGAAUUAGAUAAAAUGUGAUAUACAUUUACUGUGUUUAGAGUUUGAAAACAGAUUAGUUAGAUCUGAGAGGGAGUUAUUCAUGAAUUUAUUUAUACAGGUAAUUUAUACAUGUUUGCUAUAAGGAGUUUCAUCAAUAAACAAUCUUGGCUAUAAAUUUGAAAUAGACUUUACUGUAUACUUUCAUUAACAUGCUGCUGUGAUAACAGAUUGUAGAGAUAAUUUCAUGUCAUACAAUUUUAAAUAUAUAUAUUCAAUUGUUAAGCACUGACUUGCUCUCUCAUCUCCCCUUAGGCUGUGGCUCCUCUUAGAGAGAAGAUUCGGGAUCUGGAACAAAGGUGUGUAUUCUCGUGUAAUAGUAUCUAUUCCUAUUGUUAAAACAGGCAGAUCCUCUAUUAUGGGAUGCCGAUUAUUGCUCAGUGAAAGGUUAAUGGUUUGAUUACUGAAAUUAGAGACUCAUCACCAGAUGAGUAAAAACAGACACCAUCGAACAUGACUACAAGAUUAGAGGUCACACCAUGCUUGUUAUGGCUUCUUCAGUUCAGUCUAUCCGGCUAUGGUUCGAUUAUUUAUAACACUUAUAAUUAUCCCUGUCACUUUCGAUGUUUUGAAUGCUAAUGAGGCAGAUGAACACAGCCAUGUGAGCCCCGUGCCUACAGCAUGCUGCUGUCUGGAAAGCUGAGACCCUUGAAAAAGAAUGAACAGAAGGGGUGUAUUCAUACAAUCCUGCUGAAGAGUGCAGGGCACGGCCUUUAAAAAGAUAAAGUGUGAGCUUAUUUGUUUUUCAGAAUAUGCUUGUAUAUAAGAGUAUGCUCAUUUACACUAUCUCAUUCUGGUUGCCUUCUAUGAACUGAUUACUUUGCUUGAUUACUGUACUCUGACCCACAAGUUUCAACCCAAACCUUCGAUGUUUAGUCACUCAAGGUUCUUACCUGGAGCUGCAUUAUUGGCAGAAGUCUCUCUGUGUCCAAAGCAAACCUGUCAAACAUUCUCAAUCCAGUCACAGAUAAAAAAAAUUAGCUAUAAAUUAAAAUAAUGCUUCUGCUGAUGCAGCAAGUAAGACACGAGACUUGUAGGAUUAUGUUGAAUUCUGUGGUUCAAGGAUUUUAUGUUGAAUUGCAAGAUUGAAUGAGUCAGAUGUCUAAGUCACGUACAGUCACGUUUGCUGUUUUAUUGAACUGUCGACAUUUUCUCUUCUGUAGUUUCUCACAGAAAUAUCCACCUGUGAAAUUCCUGUCUGAAAAGGAUCGGAAAAGAAUUCUGGUAUGCUACAUUCUCACCUCUUCAAGCUCACAUCACUUUCACAGUAAUGAUUAUAAUGGGAGCAAACACUUGACUGAGCCUCUAUAGCAGCAAUUUGUCGCUCUGAAGUCUGUGCAAAUCCCAAGAGUCCAAGAAUCCCCUGCCUGCUCUGAUCCAGGCCAAUCUCUAAACUAAACAUAAUUAUAAGAAUUCAAUAAGCAGAGCUUGCACAAGUGUUGCAUGUUCCUAGAGCUGCAUUUGAUUGUCAGCUCUGGUCGAUACAGCUGGUCCUUGUACUGUUUAACUGUUGUUAAAGUACGACCUCACAGAGCUGCUUCAGGACUGACUGCAAUCAUCAUGUCUGGGAGAUUAAUCUUCCCACUGAGUCAUUUUGUUCAGGGGACAGAUCAAUUCCUUUAAUUGGACGAGCAGAAAUCUUUGGUUGUCAGGUGAUAAGUGGUUGUAGAAGAUCACUGGUUAGCUGAGCGUAAUAUGAAAAUAGAAAUAAACAGAAGAAUGAGUAUUUCUAAACUCUCACAAUGACAACAACAAAGAUUUAAUCGAGCUUUCAUUGUGUCCAAGAAGUUUUUGCAGGAAAAAAUUUACUUAAAAAAUUCGAGGUUCUCUGUUAGGCUGUUUUUGAGUGUAGCAAUGCAACAGUGUUUUUUUGUAUAAUAGUUUUUGAUAGAUGACUUUGAGGGAAAGAAAAGGUUUGACUUUUGAUGUGUGAAUCAGUUUUGUGUUCAGUGUUUUGGGUUGCAGAAAACUGACUUUUAAUUAAGUUUCACUGUAGUUUCAUCAACAUUCUUCACAAGGACAGAAAACAGCAAACCUGAAUAAUUAUUUAUGACAAUUAGGUGAAACCAAAUAAUUUUUUUUGCAAGGUACACUUGUGCUUAUAACAGCAUGAGAAGAUACUGUUUGAAAAAGGCUGAUUGACUCGACUGCUGCCUUUGUUUCGGAGUAAAUGCUUCAACCUAAAAAAACCUUCAACUACAAUUCACUCCUACACCCAGCUCCCCCCACCCAAGUAUUGUUUAGUUCAGGUCGAAACGGUUUCUCUUUUCUAUAUGAAAUCCAAUAGAACUCUAAUUUUGAAUAAGCAGAAAACUGUAUACAAUCUUUAUAAAAAAAAAGUAUAUGAUGUUUAUCAAAUAAUUUAAACGCCAUAUUUACAUACAAAAGACAAGCUCUUGUUGAUUCAUGAAAAAUAUAUUUGCUUAUUUUUGAAUUGAUGCGACACAUAUAAAAGAAAAAGAUGAUUCAAUGAUGACAAAUUAGGACUAUGUGCAGACUGGUUUAGUAACCAGUCUCUUCUACCUUGGGAGUCAUGCUGUUAUAAUACAUACAGAAUGCAGUUUGGUAUUAUCUCGCUGAAAUAUUUAAGGUCUUUCCUAAAAAGGGCAUUGUCUGGAUUUACAGUAUGAUCCUCGAAAACCUGUUUGGCAUUAAUGGUGCGUUCCCAAACACCCAUAUUAUGGACACCUAAGCUUCACCAUACCAUCAGGGAUGCUGGCCUUUGAACUAUAAGCUGAUAACAGGCUGGGUGGUCCCUUUACUCUUCAGCGUGGAAUAUCCGGCAGCCAUGAUUUCAUAAAAGAACAUCACGUUUUGAUUCUGCAGACUUCAGGCUAGUCUGUUGACAGGAGAUGUUUCUCCAAGUGUCUUUUUAUUUUCAUUUUUUUGUCCCUGUCUCAUUUUAUCUGUGUGUUGUUGGCUACAAAUAUAAAAUAAGCAUACUAUCGAAAUUAAACGUAGGGUUGAAAUGGUUUUUUUCAAUGGUUUUAAUCAAUAUUUUACACCACAUGCACUCCACUUAUUUGAAGCAGGGUUUUAUUCAUCAAAUCAACCUUAAAGACAAAAUAUCCUUUAACAUUUAAUAAUUUUUGAUGAUUUCAAAUGCCUAUUCUUUCACUAGAUUACAGGUGGAGCCGGUUUCGUGGGCUCUCACCUCACUGACAAGCUGAUGAUGGAUGGCCAUGAGGUGACUGUGGUGGACAACUUCUUCACAGGAAGGAAGAGGAAUGUGGAGCACUGGAUCGGCCACGAAAACUUUGAACUCAUCAAUCAUGAUGUGGUGGAGCCUCUCUAUAUUGAGGGUGAGCGAGAGAGUUAAUGUGAGAGAUGAUGAAUGGCUUCCUACUUCCUGAUGCUAAUGCAAGGGGAGAGCGCAUGAAAAAAGGCUUCCAAUUAUGAUCCAGCCGGGGGAGAAUUCAGAUAUGUUUUUAUCCGUAUUCUUAAAAUCAUACAGCUCUUGGAGUUUAAAUUAGAAAGAUGACAUAACAAUAAAAAAAAAGCCAGAAUUAUAAAAGGGAGUUAUUUCUGCAAGAGAAGAACCAGAGACAUGGACUGAAAAAAAAAAAAAAAAAAAGGCCACCAGCAAUCAGCUCCCUGAAGUGCGUGAUUAUUCUCGGGUGGAGGUGAACCCCGCUAAUCUGCAUAUUUCCUGGGAAAGAGUAAUCCACAGUGCUUUUAUCUACAUUCAUCUUAAUUAUUUUUUUCCCAUUGGUUCUGUUGUGUCUGCGCAGCUCAGGAAAUAAUCAGCCUUUACUCCUGCUGUGAUGAGCAGAGCUCCUUUGAAAAGCAGACUGCCUGUGAAAAGUGUUCCCUAGAAGCAAUCAUUAAAAAUCAUUUAGAAACAGCUCUGCAUACAGCACUUGUACCUCAUUUAUGCUAUUACCUUUUGUGGUUGAUUUCCAAAGUGAAAUGUAUUAUAGCUUGUUCUUUUUUGUCUUUGUGCAGAUACUGUGUAUGGUUCAUAAAAGCGUUAAUUUUUUUUAGCAACCCAAAAUAUUUCCACAUUGAUAGAGCAAAAUUAGGGCUGGAAUUGACCCUUAAAAACCACUUGAAGCAAAGGUUAUUAAGCAUCACAGACAAAGAAAGUUAUUUUUGUAAUGUGGAUAACCACAUGGUGUACCACAGAACCCUCUCUGAUGACACUUUUUUAGAUCUGCAGUUGGUUGAAAACUGUGAAUUAUUCAACAAAUCAAAGCAUACAUAAAACUGCUGUAACCCUACCCUGAGUACAGCUCAAGCUACUUCUGGUAAUUAAAAAAGGAAUUAAAAGACAAAGAGACAACUAAUGAAGUGCCACCGAAGAUUGGCAAAUUUAAUGAUUACAAUCUAGGUCUGCUACCUUCAGAGGUGGGGAUAUAAAACAGCUGUGUUCAAAGGUCUGUGCCAAUGGACAGGGUAUGUUGUUAAAGCCUUGCUGUUAGAGUGGAUUAAAUAAGAGAACAAAAGGCCCCCUCUGAACAACAGAGUGAAGCCUUUGUGUGGUGAAGACCUUCAGGUGCUUGGAGAGUAAAGAACAGAUAUAGAUGUGUUUUUGUUGUUACAAGCGCUGCUUUCACAUUCUUUGUUUAGGUACUUUUCCGUAAGAGCCUGUUGUUACGAUAUUGUCAUCUCCCAGGUUAGGUGUGUGGGCACCUUCAAUUCUGAGCAUGUGCAGAAUUUGGGUGUAUGAGGCCAGGAAUAUUCUGGAAAUAAAUGUUUGUUCAUGCAUUUGGUGGAGGAAUAUUGUAUAUAUUAAGUGUGAUCCUGUUUGUUCUCUUUUAUUAUACCAGCUGUCCAAAGCACGUGGUUGAGCUCAGGGAGAUUUUUUUUCAAGCAUUGUUUCAGUCAGCUUUAUAAGCUUGUUUCUUUUUUUAUUUUUACCGAUAUCACAGUGAGAAUAAAACGUAAUGCUGAGGGGUUUAUGUCUCAGAUAACACUGACCUACAGCAGGAGGUGCACCAAACAUAGAUUCCAGUGUAGAGUUAAUCUUUCUGUGCAGCAGCGCUAUGGGACUGUCUACCUCAAACCAGCUCAAGAGACUUCUCUCCAGUUAAAUCCAUUUGAUUAUUAUGAUUCAUUGCGAGUCCAGAUAUCUGACUGAUCUGAUACGGUGGAUUGGAAUCAUCCGGAGCUGACGGUUUUAUAUGAAACCUUGUCACUGAUGUUAUGAAACAGUUUGUCUCCCACAUUCUGGCAUGCCUGCAUUACAAUGUCUCACACAGACCUGCUGCAGACACAGCCGCACCAUUAAACCGUAAAUAUGCAUGCACUGACACACACGAGCACCAAAACACAAGCUGUGAAAAUCCGUUUCCCCAGUGAACACAAAUGCAAACAAUCACUCUUAUCACUAUGUUUGUUAUGUCAGUGUAAUUUUCUUCCCUGCCAUUUUUUUUUAAUUCCCUUUCUUUGAGAGCAUGUGAUGUUAUUGUAUAAAUGUUUAAACAGGAGAAGAUUGGAUUUUGGGGGGUUGAAGUUUGGGGUACUGAAGGCAAAUUAAGAUGGAAGGAGUCUUGUCAAUUUCAUCAAAAUUGCUUGGCCACCCUGCAGUGUCCUCCAGAAAGUCUUUCCAUAUCGUUGAUAAAAGAGAUUAAAACUACUACAUGUAUAUCACUUUAAAACAGUGAACUGGCAGACUUAUAUCUGACACUAGUAUGUCAGUACUUUACAGAGAACAUCUUAGAGUACUGUGAAAAGGGAGUUGUCUUGGAAUGAAAGUAGAGCUGUUUUGCUUUAUGAAUCUUAAGGUCAUGUCUUGAAUAGGUGGUGACAUUUGCUUGAAGAGGACUGAAAUAAAAGUGGUGGGCAAGAAAAUAGAAGGCUGACAAAGACAGCCAGAUAAUAGGCCCUUGAUGGCUGGGGGAAGGAAACUGGAUGAGAGCAUUUAAGUCAGACAGACAGUAUGAUGGAGGAAGAGAAUAUUGUUCUUUUGUCUGUCUCGUAUGUUGAGCUUAUUCUGCAUGUGCAGACUCAGAAAUCAGGUUGUCAGGAUUUUAAAUCCACUCAGUUACCUUGAGGCAUUGGGUGACCUACAAGUUUUUUGAACACUCAGCUUGUACAAGAUGAAAGGUCUCAUUUCUGUGCUCUGGGCCAAUUGAGGUGCUGACAAAAUUGUCAGACCAUCUUAUUAAUUGAUCUUUUAAUUUCAGUCCUAAGCGUUUGGUCCACUUAACAAGAGGUUACACACAUCUAAGGCUGACUGUCAUGAAGGUUCAGUGUUUCAUCAGGCAGCAGAAUUUAGAGGAUAAUUUCCCUGUUAUGAUGUUUCACUUAAUUUGUCUGGGAUGGAGGGAUCAUUACCGUUUCUCUCUCUUCACAGUGGAUCAAAUCUACCACCUGGCAUCUCCAGCCUCACCUCCAAACUACAUGUACAAUCCCAUCAAAACACUCAAGACCAACACAAUAGGCACCCUCAACAUGCUCGGUGAGUCUGUUAAAUGAGCUUCUUACUCUGUUAUUACAGGAGGGAUGGUUGGAGGCUUAAGAGGGAGCUCAAAACAGGGCCACAGACUCAGUUCAUGUGAGAGGAGAGUCAGACAGGGCUUUUCCAUCACAGGGUAUUUUCUUUUCUGAAAUACAUCACCUCAUUGGAUCAUCCAUUUAAUCUUCAAUUUCUUAAUAUUUGAUUGAAUUAAGUGUUUUUCUGAUUGUCGUGUGGAACAAAUGAAGAAAAAUCUCAACCCUUACUCGAAUAUUAUUUCUCCCUGAUUUGAUUAUCUGCUUUUUUUCUGUGACAUCUGCUCACAGAUUGAAUAUCCAGCAAAAUACUUCAUGUUCCACAAGAUAUUCACAAUCUAUUGUCUUGUUAUUUUGUCUCAAAGCUGUCAGUCUGUUCCGAAUCAGGACACAGAGUCUUGUAUUAUGUAUUUUUUGUCAUUGGUGAUGAAUAAUAAAAUUGAUGGGAGCAUUUGUCAUGAGAAGCAGAGACAAGCUUCCUUCUUAUUUUAGGACUGUCCCCUAUUGAUGUCAAUGAAAAAUGAGAGCUGUAUCCCAUCAACCAAAACUCAACAGCUACAUCUGUAUUUGAAAAGAGAUUAGCUGAAGCAUUGCCCAAGAACACUAUGAAAUUAAGAAAAACUGCUGUCAGAAGUAAAUAUUUUAUAAAUGUACUAUGAAUUAUGUUGUAGACUUUGCUCUCUUCACAUUGGUAAAGUGUGCUGUCAUGUUUUUUGCUUGUUGAUACCGCCAUGUUUGAGGCUAAGGUUUGAUUUCUUUUGAUUCUUUUAAAAACACUGUUUUCACUGCCUUGUUUGUCUCUCAGGUCUCGCCAAACGUGUAGGUGCCAGACUCCUCCUGGCUUCUACUUCUGAGGUAUAUGGAGGUAAGAAAAAGAAGCCCUCCCACUCAUCUUGUGCUAUUCUUUACAGAACCAGAGUGAAUAAUGCCGCUUUUCUGUGACUUUGUGGGUGAGAUGGUUUUUAAAAUGGGGCCGGGGAAGCUGAAGGAUUCCUCUUAACAUAACAAGCAGAAAACAAUAUUCAUGGAUCAGACUGCUGCAGGAACUUCAUAACAAGACCUGUUUUUUUCAUACUGAACACCCGGUGGAGUUUUUAUUUUUCCUCUUGUAAGAUUAAAACUCUUGAUUUACAUAUGAAGCUUCGCAGGGAAAGAUUGGAGAAAUGUUGGUUUUCUUUUAACAGCACAGCAGUUAUCGUCCAAACACAGAUUCAGCAUUUAGGGUAAAUUACCAACUGUACCCUCAGAGCCAGAGGUCCUACAAACACUUAUCUCUGUCUUGUGCCAAAACAAAACAGAAUUGUCAGAUCAGAUGUGAUGUAAAUAAUUUACACCUGUUUUCAAGGCUGCAAAAUUGGAAGCAUGCUGCUUCAAAUUUACAUUGUUUGUUCACCUGGAUGGAAAAAUGAAUCUCAAGGCUGUAAUGUUUACAUUCCAGAUCCAGAGGUGCACCCACAAAAUGAGGAGUACUGGGGACACGUGAACCCGAUCGGUCCUCGAGCAUGCUAUGAUGAGGGAAAACGUGUAGCAGAGACCAUGUGUUACGCCUACAUGAAACAGGUAUUGUAACCAUCGAGCUAUGAUAUGACUAUGAAAAGGGGGACAUCAUUUUCUUCUAAUGGUUGUCACGACUAUACAACAUCUUUUUCAGAUGAAGCUGUAAUCCAAAACUUCAAAUGACUGAAAUAUAAUAGAAAGAAACAUUAAACUGACAAAUAAAUAGUAUUUUUCAUGAAAUUUCUUCCUUUGAAAGCAUCGAGAAUAAAUUCUAACUUAAUUUGAGCCCCACAGACAAUGAAUAUUUAAUCAGUAUACUUGAUUAUUUUAGAAUUAUGCGUAUGGCCUAAUUUUUAUGUAAAGUGUCUUCAGAUAAUGUUUACUCUGAACCAGCACAUUACACAUCAAACCUGAUUGAAAACAAAAUGUCAUUUAGAACUGAAAGUAGCCUUUCUUUUAGUUUUGAAGAAUAUAUCCAGGGAUGUGAGCAGCAAGUUUGUUCUUGCUGAGCUGAUGUAAUCCCAUAUUAUCCAGUAUGAGCUGUUUUGAAGGAGUCCACAUUGAUGAAAGAAUCAUGUUAACUUGGUUAUAUAACUCAUUAUCUGUAUUGAGACUAAUGGAGAACACACCCAACUUAUUUUAGGAACAAUAUCAGUGGCUCUCUUGAAAUUUCCAUGCAUGUUUCCUUAAACAUCCAAAUGAUGUUGAGACUUCUUUGUUUAAUUUUGUCCUGCUCUGAUUUGAUUGACGCCAGCCUUUGAUGAAAAGAUACGACUGACUCGUCUUGCCUUUGCUUCAGGCAGGUGAUAUUUAUUUAUCUGCCUCGUCUCCUGCUCCCCCUCAUUAUUUUUUUCACACCUGCUGGGAGGUUUCUCAGAAACGGUCUGCUUUCAAUAUCCAACUGUCAGUCGUUUGUGCACAAGGACAAGAAUAUCGCAGGUUCCAUCUAUUGCCCAGUCAUGUAAUCAAAAUUCAUUAACAUUUCAAAACUGAUGAGUGUAGGUUAUGCAGUCUGCUCCCUGGACACAAGGCAUACGUAGAAAAGAUGGAAAACCGUGCAUCUGUCGACUUCCUAUUUAUGUCACUCAUUUUAACAUAAUUUAAAAAUGUUACAUAAUAUCUACUCUUAAAAUACUUAAAUCUGAUCAAGAUGCCACCUAGGACGUUUUAUUGGGAAUAGAGAAAUGUGUAUUGAUGAGUGUGGCAGAGUUUUCUUGAUACCCAAUAGUUUGGUGGAAUAAAUAAAGUACCGUUUCUGUUGUUUAUCGUAGAAAAAUGAUUUAAUUCAAUAGUAGGGAACUUAUUUAUUUUUCACAUGCAAUAGAUUAAUAAGAAGAAUGUUUAUAUUUUUAGGCAUUAUUGGAAUAUUGACAUGAAUUAAAGGACAGUUUGCUGUAACGUCAAAUGUGUGUUUUUCCCAUGCCGUCCAGAAGGUGCAAUCCAUCUGCUUUGAUCCAUGCGACAGCAGCAAUAUAAGUGCUGUGCAAACUCACCUGGUAGAGCCUCGGCCCUUCUGUUUAGUUUAUUCCUGACUAUAGCCUGUCCACUUCCCUCUGCUGAAGGCAGUCCUUUAACAGCCGUACUACUAUAGAUUACUCCAGAUUAAAAUGAGCGUUAGAUUACACAAAUUUGAAGAAUUCUGCCACCGUCAGACACUGUAAACUUGUCACUUUUACCUCCCAUGGAUUCACCUUAUCUUUCCCAUUCAGAACAGCGUAUUAUAAACUAUUGACAGAGUGAUGAUGCAGCUAUUGUUACUAUUAACAAUGUGAUAAAUCUGUGUUACCCCAGUUGCUCAUUCUUCUUAGGUUGGUAAAUGCACUCACAGCAGAGGGAAUGAGAGGUGACCAUGGGUAAAUGUCAACACGAUAGUAUUAGCUGACGUAAGCUGGCACGUACGUUAAGAGGGGAGAGAUGAAUAACUAGUGUUUGAGAGAAACAGGAACAGAAGUAUCAAGUAUCUUUUCAGAGCACUCACGGUGUUUGUUUGGUGUAUGUUUAGCAGCUCAGGGCACUACCCCUAAAACAUCUCAGCUUGCUUUACUUUAGAUGGUACUGCUGUUGCUACUUUAGCCAACCAGAAUAGAUGGGGCCGGGCUGGACACUUUCUAAGGACACAAACUCUAGACGUAUUAGGAAGCAUAAGCUAUGACUGAUAGUGAUUUGAUAUUUAUUGGGGUCAGACUUACUGACUGACAUGCUGCAAGCAGCUUUUCAGCAGUCAGGACCAUCAAUACCAAAAGUCCUCUUGUUACUGCGGUGUAUUGUAAUGAGUCGUUGUUUUAGCCUCUGGUUCUGUGCUUAUUUUGCAUCAAGUACAUUAUCCAGACAACAGUGUUAUGUUGGACUUUGCCUGCUAUUAAAAGAUGUUAAUUUACAGAUUUUAUGGCCUGUGUGUUACAAAGAACUUCCUGGAUUCUGUAAGCUCAGUGUCUCAGCACGUGGUUCACGGUUGGCAUUCUGACCCCUUAAGAAAGCCUUGGGCUGUUUCCUUAUAGAUACUUCCAAUAUGACUGCCUGCUGAAACAGAAAUAUAGUCUUAGAAAAUUGUUUCUCCUGUCGGCCUUUCUGGAGUUUAAUCUUGUUCACUAUUGCUCUUCAUCUUUUUAAAGAUCACACAGGAAAAAACACAAUCGCAUGUUAUAGCAAAAUCAAUCUACAGCAUUGCGGAGCCCAAUCUUAGCACGUCAAUUCCCUGAGCGAGCUCCUGGAACUGUUUCCCUUUAAACAGUUGAAAAAGCCGUCUUUCUUGGUCAUUACCUUGACAUCUUGUGCUUGAAUCCUCAUGAAAAUUUUAUUUCUUUCUUUCUUUUCAUCCAUGUGGGGCUCCUAGGAGCCAUCUUAAUGACUGUUAUGUAUUUGUAGUCAACAUACAAUGAGUAUUUGACAACCUGAAUGAGCUCACCUCUUAGAAUGAGCAGCAUGGACCUUGCAUGUAAUUAAAAAGCUGUGAAGGAUUUAAAGGGCAACCAUAAUAGAAAUAUGUGUGCAUAGUGACAAGAAUGAGGCUCAUAAUCAUUGGAGAGCUGCUAUUGAUUAAAGCUGUUGUCAUUGACAUCCUGCCAUAAGCUCAUUACUCUCAGUGUUCAAGGUGUGAAACUGCUUGAUUAGGUGUGGAGACUGUGUUUAGUUUUAAUACAAGUUGCCUAGGUACUCCCCCCCCCACACACACACACACACACACACACACACACACACAUAAUCUUUUCUGUUAACAUACUUUCCAAGAAUUCUCCAUCAUGUCGUUCCUAUUGUGUCCUUGUUCUUCACCAGGCUGAAUAUAUUGGAGGCUUGUCGCUAUUGAAUUUCAUGCUCUGCGUUGUCAAAAACAAUCUACAUAAUAUUCAUGUAUUUAUUCAUGUUAUACAAUCUAAAACAGUUUACCAUCCUGUGCAAAGCAGUGCAUAUUGAUGCCUGAGCUUGACACAGGAAGGCCAUGGAUUUUCAAAAAAGUAGUGUUUUCUACAAUUGUAGGAUCAAUGAGCACUCGGGGUGUAGCUGGCCUCAUUCAAUCAUUCAUUCAUUCAUUCAUUCAUUUAUUCUUGGUCUGAGAGUCUUCGCAGAGAUCCUACAGUCAUUGUUGCUUGGGGAAUAUAUUGACAACAGAGGUCAGUUAGAUUUCCUUGUACGUGCAUUCUCACAGAAAGAUUCUGCUAACUAACUAACCCACUAAUGCUUAGUGGUCUUUGUAGGACAUGGCUAAUGGAAAAGGAAGCUAGUGAUGCAAAUCAUUACAUUAACCUUUACAAAGACACUUAAAUAUACCUGCAAAUCUCCACGUGACACCAUCCUCACAUUCACACACAGACCUCAGACAGGUAUUGGGCUGGUUGUAUCAUCAGGGGAUCAAAGUUGUGAGAUGUUGCUGGGCAGAAAGUACAAAAACUGUAGAAGUGAUGAGAUAACAGUAGGGGUGGGAGAAAAAAAUCGAUACAGCAUAGUAUUGUGAUAUUUUGUAUGGUGAUAUGUCGUAUAGGUUUGCAAGAUGUGCUAGAUGAAAAUAAAAUACUGUGUAAAUAAGACAAACAUAGAGGAAAGACAGAUCGUAAUUCAGCUAAACGGUUGAAAAAAUUGUACAGAUUGCAAGAUAUUGUAUCGCAAUACUCACUGUAUUGCAAAAUGUUAAAAAUGACAAUAAUAUCGUAUCGUGGCCCAAGUGUCGGGACACUAUCGUAUCGUGGGGCCACUGGUGAUUCCCACCCCUAGAUAACAGCUUAAUGUCACUAAACAUGACAAGACUAACAACACUUUGAGAUAGGAUGUCUUUUGGGAACAUAGUAUCUCUUUGAGCAACGUGAUCACUAUUUUAGUGGUGUGACUAAUACUCCCAUGAUUCCGAGCAACUUUGUCACAUAAUUAAAAUGAAUUUGAGAAUAUAAAAACAAAAGCUCCUUGUUGACCUUAUCAAUCCAUCAAUUCUCACAUCUUGAGUUCGGUUCAGUGGCAGCAAGCUAAGCAAGUGGACCAAGUUGUCCCUCCUUCUAGCUGCAUUUUACAGUACCUCUGGGGACAUUCCAGAGCCAGGCAGGAUGUGUGAUCCCUUCAGCGAGAUCUGGGUCUGUCCGGAAAUCUCCUCUGAGUUGUAUGUGCUCAUAAAUUCUCACCCAGUGGGCAUCCUAAUCAGGUGUUUGAACCACCUCAAGUUGCUUCUUUUAAUGCAAAGGAGUGGUGGCUGUACUCUAAGCUCCCUCUGGAUGUCUAAGGCUGAGCCCUGCGAGCCUUUGAUGGAAACAAAUUUCUCUCACUUGAAACCCAGAUUUCAAUUCUUCAGUCACUACCCAAAGCUCCUGACCAUAAGUGAGGGCUGGAAUGCAGAUCACUUGGUAAAUCUAAAGCCCUGCCCUCAGGCACAGCUUCCUCCUCACCAUAGUGGUCCAGUAUACCAUGCCCAUCAUUGGUGACCCUGCUCCAACAUGUCAGUCUAUCUCGCUAUCUACUCUGCCUUCCGAUGCUAACAAGACCCUGAGAUACUUCAACAUCUUCACUUAGAGUAGAGACUUGCACUCACCCUAGGGAGGCAAUUCAUUGUUUUCUGGCAGGGAACCAUGGCCUCUGCUCUAAAGGUGCUGACCCUAAUCCUUGCUGCUCUACACUCAGCUGUAAACUGCCCCAAUGCUGACUGGAGGUCCCAGUCAACAGAAGCACAUCAUCUGCAGAGAGGUUAUCCUGAGGCCUCAAACCUGACACCCUCCUCCCUUGGGCUUUGAGAUGCUGCUUAUGAAAAUCACAAGCAGAACUGGCUGGCAACCCAGAGACCAACACAACUUGUUAAUAAAAGGAUUUUCACAGAUUUCCCUGAAGAUUUUAUGUGACAUGUACCACUGAUUCCUCAACAAGACAAAAAAAAUGGAUCACAUCAAUUCAGUCCUGAGGUCUUUAGAUGGCUCCCUGUUGGUCAGAAAAUAGUUUUAAAUCUCAAUCUUUAAAGCUCUGAAUUGUUUAAGGAAACAUCAGUAACCUUUUAGCACAGUGUGAACCAUCCAGACCACUCAGGUCAUCUGGGUCAGUGUUCACUUUCUGUAUUCCAGAUAUCUGGAACAUCUUGUCCUCCACUCGCGAAUGUAGUUUUCUUCAGUCAGAAAUGCUCAUCCUGCGGCCUUUUACUGUCAAACGUAUCAGUCAUUGUGAAUAUUUGAUGUAGAAAUUGUAGCAACAGGGUUGUUGCUUUAGCUGCUGUGCUAACAUGUAUGAAUUUUCAUACUUUUCCAUACCCUAUGUUUUAGGAUUAUUUUUGGAAAUACCAAGUUUUCUGCUUUAGAAAACAGUAUUUCAGAACUGUGGUAAUAGUCUGGAAACAUAAAUAUUUUUCCAUACUUUAUUUUUCAUUUUUUCCAUACUUGGGUAGGAACCCUAAUAGUCUAACAUAUUUAAAUUUUUGUAUUUUCCAGUUUCCAGCAGUUUUGCCUGGCUUGUUUCAAUGGUUUUAAAUGUCCCUUUUUUAAUGAUUUUUUACAUGUUUCCCUCCACUGCAUUUUUCAGACCUCUAAACAAUUGUUUUAAAGCCUUUUAAUGUCGCUUUGAUUUGCUCUGUAGCUGAAAUGUACUUUAUAGAUGAACCUGCCUUUGUGUUUUUCUGUUUUUUAAAUAUGUUUUUUCAGCCAUUUACACAUUUACAGGUUUAUUGAAAAGUGCUGCUACUUGACUUAGAUUUGAGAAGGACAGGCUGACUCAUGACUGGUUGGGAAAUAUUUACUUGCAGGUGAUUGAUAACUACCAUAUUUAAUGCGACAUGUGUUCUCUUGAUAUGAUCAUGUAAUGGAAAUUACAUAAGGCACUAUAAAAACUGCAUACGCGCAGUGUACUGUAGAAUAUGUGAUACACGCUGCAGGUAUUUGAUCAUGGGGGGGUUCAAUUCACUUUCCACUAAUCUUUCUUGACAUUGAAUUAUGAAUUUAUAAGUAUGAUCCAUAUGAGCAUUAAACCCCUUCUUGCUGCCAUUUCUGUGCAUUGAUUGGUAAUGAUAUUUCAUACGUACACAGAAAGAGAUAAAAUUUAAAUUUCUGAAUGUCUACAUUUCAUUUUCUUUCUUGGCCCGUUGCUCGCAGGAAGGAGUAGAGGUGAGGGUGGCACGAAUCUUCAACACCUUUGGCUCCCGGAUGCACAUGAAUGAUGGACGUGUAGUCAGCAACUUCAUCCUGCAGGCUCUACAGGGAGAACCUCUCACUGUACGCGGUUAAAGAUUUCUAAUAAUUAUGCACCUCAUUGCUACAAAGACUUCUCUGGGGCUUUUUCCUUCUGUGCAGGUAGCAAAGUUUAAUCAUUUAUGAAAUCUGCUUCGUAAAAUCACACAAAUGCAUGUUGAUUGAACUCUAGCAAAGAAAAUUUAGUACUCCCAGCAAGGACACAGGUCCCUUUGGUAAUAUGAGUCAAAUAGAAGUAGUGUACAGUGUACAAACAAAAGAUAACGAUUCAUUAAACCAAAAGUAAUUUCUGUCUCUCAGGGCUGAAGAUAAUGAAGUAGCGUUAUAAAAGUUUCCAAUGAAUAUUUAAUUGAAAGAAAUUUGUCAGACAAAGAAAUCAUAUCCCCCAAUUAAAAACAAACAAGUUUUGAAGCAAAAUAUCUUAAUCUCAGUCAUAAUUUGACAAUCACUUAACUAACCCUUUAUUAAAAUUCCUCUUAAAGCACAGAAUCUGCACAUGGGCUCCAGAUUUUCAGCAUGGGGAGUGUUGGGGAGUGUUGUAGUCAAAGCUGACCAGUCAUGUUUAAGCGGGCACUGGAGUAUACAAGAAAAAACAGUCAGUGGAGAACAAAAACAGUCAGACCACACACAUCCCAGCUCCCAUUGGCAGUAAUCUGAGGGUGAUUUAGUUAUGUCCUCAUGAAGUGCAGCUAACAAACCAAAUCCAAAAUUUCAGUUUCAAAAGUUGUCUUUUUUCCUUCUUGAGGGGAGACCUGACAAAGUUGACGUUUCACUUCUCACAUUUACUUUUUAAUGAUGUUAUUUCUAUGAACUGAAGUCCGAUAAAUUGAAUAAAUCUCAAAAAUAGGAUCCUUUUUUGGGUUUACUUUAACUAAGCUGAAAUGAAGCACCUGCAUGUCUCCUGCUGAGCCUGCUGCUAAAUGAAAAAGAUGAACAGGCACUCUCCUGGGGGAUGUUGUAGACUAAAUAAUGAGCAUGAGCACAGCAUAGAAAAGAAGUCUUGGCUUGAAACUUUAAGUUGUUGUCCAUUCCUAGAAGGGCAUACACCUCUCAGCAUCAUGUAGAUAGAUGGUGAUUGCCAGUGGGACUAAAGAUGAUCAAAUUUAGUGGCUCAAAAUUUAGAAACCACAACAAUAUGUGCAGUAUUAACAUUGUUUAAUAAAUUCUGUGUACCUUAUUUGAUGAAAUAACGAUCACUUUUCAUUUUUAGGUGUACGGCACUGGUUCCCAAACAAGAGCCUUUCAGUAUGUGAGGUAAGACUGCUGAUUCCUAGCACAAAUCCAUGACUGUUCACUUUUGAUUUCAUGUUUUAGUCAGGAAACAGUCUUGUAGUACUGUCACAAUAUCAUCCAAAGGAGUCAUCUUAAUGAUUGCGUUAUUACAAAGAAAAAAACUCAUGCAGUUGAUGUUGUGUGAGUCAUCACCUCUGCCACUGGGAAAGAAAAAAAAAGAGUGUUUCUUCUGCUGUUCUCAAAGGCUUGUGUGGAUGUUGAUGUUUACGUAGACUGAUGAGUUGAGGAUAAGGCAGAGGGUAACUGCUUUAAGUUUGACUUUGUAGUUCGAAGCUUGAUACCAACAUGUGUGCGUUGUCCCGCCUGGUAGAGCUGAUAUAUUUGUUCACGGCAGGUUAAAAGAGUAUUUAUUGGUGUGUGUGCGGGUGAUAGUGAGAUUAAUUUGAUCACUUUGAAAUAGAAAGAUCAGAGACAAAGAGCAUUUGAAGCUCUCAUAUCUUUAUGAGGCAUUCACCUUCUGCCUGUCUCCUAAGUGUUGUAUAUGCCAAGGUCAUUGAGAAAAGUCUCCUUUGAGAGAAAUUCUAUGAAACUCCGAAGGACCUUCAUUAGCCGCAUUUCCGUCAAAUCAAUCCAGUUUUCUAGCUAGCUCCUCUCCUCGCCUCAUUCAUAUCCUCGCCUUCCUCUUUAUAAAGUUUUAAUGAAGUGAUGUGGUAGCAGUUUCAACCACUACAGUGUAAUUCACCCGUUGAGUACUCUCAUGGGCUUUUCUUUUUUAAUCUUGGUAAGAUUUUAGAUUUGACUGAAAAAAGAGGAAGCAAAACAAGGAAUAAAAGUCUGCCAAUUAACUGCCCACGUAAACAAAAAACAUAUUAAACCGGCUUUUAAGCUGUCAGGAAAACUGUCUUUAUUUGCUGCUUUAUUUUUAUGUCCUUGUGUGUGUCUUUAAAAACCGCAUUUGAGUUGUCUCCCCAAACCAUCAAAAGUCCAAAUGGUAGUCAUGAGAUACAGAUUCUUUCAUUUACAGGUUUGUUGAUUACAUAUGGAUGUAAACAGCGCACAGCUGUGUGUAACAGCACCUCGCUGCAGCACAGCCCGUCUCCCAGGCUGCAAAUUAAUCAAGAAAUGAAGUUCUGCUUCCUUCAGAUGCUGCUGGGGUUUCUUUGAAACUGCAGGAGAAGCUUUUACUUGCGUAAACAGCAGCUGUAGGCAGCAGAUACUGUAAAGACCCAGAUAUUCAGUGAUUAAUAGACUCGACCUGCAAAGCACACACUAUCCUUCAUUGCUGUUGUAGAGCCACACUACAGGUACAACUAACAAUACAUUUCAAACAGGGACUCACUGUACGUGGCUAGCGUCUGCACUGGGGGUGUCAUAGAAUGAGUGAUUCCUCUCUUUAUCUGUGCAUGUGUCCUUGAACACCUCUGGUUAAAACAACACAACCACCUGUUUUUGUGUUGCUCUCCUGGACCCGAUGAUAGAUGUAGCUAAUGAGUGAGUUGUUACGCUCACCUCUAUUGAGAGUUUCAUGUUGUGCAUCAUCAACAGCAAGUGCCUGUUGCUCAUCAGUGAUGCCGUCACACAACCAAUAGAGCAGUUAUUUUAAAUUUGUGAAUCUCUGCAAACACAAGAGACUGAGCAAACAGGCGAGAACAUGCACACAACAUAUAAAGCAAAUUGGUGCAGUAAUGGACAUGAAUAGAUUCACUCACUCUCUCUUCUACAUACCGCACUGAAUGCAUGAUCCCCUGAUGGAGAAAUAUGCAUAAUGAAUUAAGGAAAUUGGACAAAAUUAAAAUUAAUGGAGCAGGAUCUUGACGUCAUUAGCCCUGAGAAUCCACGCUGGAUGAAACCUUAAUCAUCAGUCAAUAAUGAUUGCAUAAGAAAUGUCUCCCUGCCACAGCUUAAUGCAGUGAGGAAGGAGGAGAACUCCAGAGAUAAAAUUGGAGAAUUAAAGAAAGAGGAAAUAACGCCCUUGUUCCUCUUUUUCUAAUUGCCAUGCCUUAAUGAAAAACACUUCCUCUCAGACAGUGAAGGAAAUGGUAAUAACCCGGUCCAGGCUCUUAAGUUGCAGGUGAUUCUGUUAAACUGCCAAGACUUUUUGUAAACGGUCAUUAAAACUUGAGGUCUUGUUUUGCUGAUGAGUGACUUGUAUAUUAUGUCUGAGUGUUCAGGGGAUCCCCAGAAGAGUCCUGUCUCUUCAGAUGCUCCCUCAAAAGACUUCAUUUGUUUAAAGGGAGAUUCCGGCAUAAAAUUAAUUUAGGGUCAAACACACCAUAACACCGAGUUAGACACCCCCUCGAGAGAUGAAUGUUGCCGACCACUUGCUUCUCUAUUUAUACCAACUUAAGUAACAACUGCACGUUAGCAAUACACAGUGGUUUCAGGAGCCAUAAACAAACCUCAGCCAAAACGCCACUCUAUAGCCACAAAUAAUGCUCAGAGCAGCACCUAACUUCAUCAACAGUACAUAUAGGCUCCCAGCCAUAGUACUAGCCACCAAACAUCUUUUUAGCAUAGAGACUAAACACAACUCACCCACUCUCCUCCAGCAGCCACUUGUUUGUAGGGAGACCUUGGACGAGUCCAUCAUCGACUGCAGCGGGGUGACACAGCUCAAGGAAGAACAUUUGGGAUCAUUUUUUCAUGGAAAUGUAAUCAUACCGAGAAGUUAAGGCAGAAGAACUACGGCGUCUGCAGUGUAAAAUGAUUAAUAUGAUGAUUAUAACUUCAAGAAAAUAAUUUUAAAAAAAUCAUAACUUAGGUUGUUACUAAAGUUGGUAUAACUAGUGAAGCAAGCGGUCAGCAACAUUCAUCUCUCAAGGGGGUGUCUAACUCGAUGUUACAGUGUGUUGGACCCUAACUUAAUUUUACGCCGGAAUAUCCCUUUAAGAACCUCUCUGCAUCUGUUUUUCCUUGGUGCACAUCACUGUUAUUUAAAAACACAUUGAGUGUUUUGCUUAAAUCCCUUACAUCAGUAGAUUAUCGACUUCAGACAGAAGAAAAGAGUCGAUCAAUCUGUUCUUUAGUCUUUUUCACACAGGAUUGAUUGUACAGGCUCACUCUGCUGAUGACAAGCUCAUGUAUUCGACCAUCUUACAAAAGCUCAUUUUGUUUCAGGCUUACAAACAGUUCAGGCUUUCACAUCAACGCUUGGUCAAUGUCACAGAACAAUCCUAAAUGUGCUUGACCCCUAAGAUGAAGAGGGAGACCUGAAUAGUUGUUUUAGAGCCCUGGAAGGUAGCCACUGUCGCUGGUUCAAGAGACAGUCUUGAAGGCGUGUGCCUUUAAGAGUGACAGGUUAGAUAAAAAUGCAUUUGCAGAUAUGACUUGUUUUUUAAUUAACCUCUUAAGCACAGGCAUCUGGGAGUACUGACAAACUGAAAGUGCAUUUAAAGGAGCAGUUUAAUCAGUUGACCAGCAUUAUUUACUGCCCUGACAUUUCUCCUCUGGGUCAGUUUGUGCUCAUUUUCUACUUUUGAACGGCAUAUUUUCUGAAUUCCCCAGUGUCGCAGUGCAUGCCAUGAGUCUCAUAAUAGGUCAUGAAAAAAUGUGGUUUUACUGUGUGCCUGUUGUUCCAUGUACUGUUGGUGUACUCUCCCUCUGUGACAUUACAUUGUGUGUAGCACAUACCAGCACUAUGAGUUAGGGUAGAGCUCAUAAAAGAAGCACAUAUGAGUCACUUUCUGGUUAAAUAGUGCUCACUGUUUGCAGCGGGCAGCGCUGUGAAGGGAUAAUAGUGCCCGCUCGCUGACCCUGAUCCCUGCUGUUAGUCCCUGAGUUUUCUGGACUAGUAUGAACUGAAUGCUGCUUGGGUUGAAUGUGCUUGGUCAAUGCUGUUAACAAAUGAAGACGAAUAAAAUGGUUCAUUCAGACUUCAUAACUAACAGAUUUUGGUGGUUUGAAGAUCAUUUGAACCCUAUUCUUAAAUGAAAACAGUGCACAAAUGACUCGUCUUCAAAAUGUGGUUGUUUUAUGAGAAUGCUCAUAUUAAAUUUGACGAUGACAGCACAUAUUACUUCGCCAAAAGAAAACCCUGAGCAUCCCCCGAAUAGUUACAUUCAUUUGAAACACGAGUGAAAAGGGCAGAGAUAGAAAGAGGUUCAGUGGCCUGUGAGAGACAGUAGCCAUGUUUACAUGGACAAAAUUUCUUGAUCCGAAGAAAAAUUUGAGGGAUCGGCUAAUCUGAAUCCACUAUGUAUAUGGGUGCGUAUACAUGCACCAAGCUUUAUUUAGAUUAGAAACUUUUGGACCUACGCAGAGUUGUCUGAUUUAGCUAAAACAACCGCAGAAAUAGGGUUGUCAACAAACCAACAAACGCAGUAGUGGCUCACUCCAUCAAAUUCAGGAGUUUUCCCCCUGUUAAAUAUUGUCACUAGAUGGUGCCCUUGCGUACUUCUUUUACUGUUCUGUCAAAGGUUGCUGUAUGCUUAUGUUAUGUUACCGGAGGGGCAGACACGGCACCUGCAGUUGUGUUUUAUGCCAUAGUGUUAAUAAUGAAACCUCCUGUACUGACCUCAAUAAAUAAGCCAAAGGCUGAAGAGUGACGACCAAGUCAGGUAAGAGAGUCACGAUCGGAAUAAGUGUUUACAUGGACGCGUUUCGGAAUAACGAUCGGCAUAAACCACCUCUCUCGAUUGGAAUACAAUUUCUUUCCGAUUGAGCCAAAUUGGAUCAGAAUCUUCCGAUCGACAUGUUUACAUGACGCAUUUAUAUUCUGUUUGGGCAUUUAUUCCGAUUAUUUGUGCCCAUUUGAACGCAGCUUGUGUGAGCGAGUAGUUGAACAAUUUCAGUAUAAUGUCCCAAAUAGAAAUCAAAUCCAGAUACAAGCCUGUCUAAACUGGACCAAUGUGAAGAGAAAGCUGUCCUGAAGUCUAACAAAUUGGUAUAUAAAUGUAGUAGCAGUUUAUUCGGCCUGCCUACAGGUUCAACUUGUCAACUUUUGACAGCUUAUGAUAUGAUACGUUGUUAAUAGAGAAAACACAAUGAAGGAGACCUGCUGAGCAUCAGCAAUCCUGUCAGACAAGCAUGAGGCAACAUUUCUCUUGAAAAACUCUAGAGGCUAGACUUCAUGAUCUCCAAAUAAUGUUAUAAGAAGAGCUGAUGCAACACAAUGGCAAAUAUCCCCCCUGACCCAACUGUUUUGAACUGUGUUGCUGGCAUCAAAUUUAAAAUGAGCCAAUAUUUUUUAGUUUAAACCUGUACAUUAUUUUUAAUUAAAGGUAAGGUUUAAAUGAUUUGACAACCAUCACAUUUUGUUUUAAUUUAAAUUUUAAACAGCAUCCUAACUUUUGGAGCUGAGGUUGUAUUAAUUAUCCUCAUCGGAAAUACACCCACCUCUUGUCGGCCGUCUUGAACAGUUAAUCUAGAUCAGGGGGGCUCUGAUUGAAAACUGGCCAAGCAGAACAGCUCAACAUAUAUUGUUUCAUGUUAUCUUGGCUGUUCUUGUUUUUUUUUUUUUACCUGCUCUCAGGAGCCAGGUUUUAUUAGAGGAUUACUGCUGUGUUUUGCACUGUAACCUUUUGGAGCAUUUGUGCUGUCGAUGUACAUCCUGAUAUCAUUUUUUCUGCUGACUGCAUUUUGUUGGUUGUAAAGAACAAGUUUACCAAAAGAAAGUAAAUGAUCUGUGACCUGAAUAAUGACAAAAACAUCAUCACCUCAGUGAUCCAACGGAUGAUGUUUGGGUUGGGAAUCUAGACUGGAAACAUAAGUUGUUUUCUGAUUCACCACAAUACUACACAAGACACACGUUUUUUUCUGACCUUUUCAUGUGGUCAGUCAUAAUGCAAUAAUCUAUAUUAAUUUACGCUUAAAUCCAUCAUUUCAAAAUAUGUAAGUCAACACAUCUGCAGUAAAUCCCUCCUUUAUAUGAGGGUCAAAAUGGACCAAUUUGUUGAAAGGUAUUGAGCCCCUCCCUAGACUAUCUGAAGCUUCUGUUUUUUUAAUUAUCCUGUAGCGUUGUCCGUUACACACAGAGGUAUUUCUGUGUUGUAGUGUACUAUCAUUGAUUUAACUAGAAUGGACAAAAUACCCUCCCCGGUGAAUUAUUUAUGUAUUCAUAAAUGCAAAUUUGACAUUUACACUAAAGUAGAGCAAAUUGAAUUGGAAAUGAAGCAAGGCUGCGGGCUUGAUUUUUAUUGUAAACCUGCAUCAACUAAAUCUCAGGCUGAAAUUAAGUGAGGUAGUCUGUCGUCUCAUUAUCUCUGUUUGCAUACACCUGCUAAUGUCAGGGUCUAACAUAGUGACAGAAUUGUACCAUUGAAAUGUGUAGGUAUGCGUUGGAGUGGGAAAUGUGUUUGAAGAACUGGUAAACCUUGGCCAGAUGGGAUUUAAAUUUUUUAUUUUAUAUCGCUCUGCGACCUUCUUAUUAAUUAGUACAUGCUGCACUAACAUGUUCUGUUCUCAGCAUGAAAAAAUCUGCAUAUUAGCUUCGUAUGUUGGGUUACAGGUCAUAUCAGAAGCAGCUCUUUGCAGCAGUACAGCCUCGCAGAGCUGCAUUGCCUUACACUCUUAAUCCUGUCAAUGUAUUAUUUUUUAAUACAGAGACGGUACCCUGUCUCUGCUUUCUUUUCUCCAUUCUAUGGUUAAAGCUUAUGCAGACAGGCUGGGGCGUUAUGUAUAACAUAAGAACGCUUUUAGCACAGUCACAUUAACAUUAAACUGUAUUUCCGUUGAACAAAAGGUAAAGGACAACAGCCAGGAAGGCACAUAAUGUUUGGCACAAUGUUCUGAAGAGAAAAUGAGAUCUAAAGAGAGUACACGCUGAAGUGGCCGAUCACACAUGGUUACAAAACAUUAGUACCUCUGUGAUGAGACAGAAAAGCAUUAAUAAAAGAAUCAUCGGUCUGUGCCAGUGUGUACAUUUGUAUUUGUAUCCCAUAUACCGUAUGUUCUCAUAAAUAAAACUCUUUUCCUCUUACACGGCAAAGUUCCACAGUAAUUUCAUGUCAGAAACACAUUGAAGAUCUCUGCCUCAUGUCUGUUUUGUUGUGCAGUGACCUGGUGAACGGCCUCGUCUUGUUGAUGAACAGUAACAUCAGUAGUCCAGUCAAUCUGGUGAGUUCAUGUUUUACAAACUGAAGUGGAAAAUGGAUUCUGCCGGCAGACAAUUUACUGGUCGGCGCUUCAGUCGGUGCGUCUGCCUCUUGUUGACACUGAUCUGAUGGAAGUUUAUGAAAUCUGUUUACAGGGAAACCCAGAGGAACACACCAUAUUGGAGUUUGCUCGUCUCAUCAAAGGUCUCGUCGGUAAGGUGUCACAUUGAUGGAGAUAGCUAUAAAUUUGUGUCGCUGCCCACAUCUGGCCCAUGCCAUCUCAGUCUCUGUCCCAUAAGGCCUUCACUCGCUUGUUUGCUUGCUUAUCUCUUAAUAUCCCUCUCUCACUUCACUCGUCUUGUUGUCUGUUUUCUCUCACCCAUCCUCCCCAUUCUCACAUGGACAGUGAUCUGUUUUUUGGAAUAGCAUUUAAUCCCUUUAGUUUGAUAGCAGUAUAUGUAUCGUAAAUGUAAGAUACAUGUAUGGUCUUCAUGCUGUUCAAAUGUAUGUUAUAUGAGACAAAUUGUGCUUUCACUAUUAUCCGAGUGCAACACGUAUGUAUGAUAUGUUAAACAGUGGGAGCAUUAAACCACAAAACCAGAAAUCCUACAUGAUGAUGUCUUGAUCUGCACCACUAGAAACAUCUAGUCACAGCUGUGGGUGUCGUUAUGUAGCCAGAUCAUGAAGCAUGUCAGUUCCAGUUGUACAUCGCCCAUGCACGAUACUAUCAGUGCAUUCAAGCAGCAGCGUCAACCUGUGUCAACUCCCUCCCACAAAACUGAUAUUGUAUGAUUAUGUAGGAGUGAAAAGCAGAAAAAAUAUGUUUCCGCUUAGAUUGUGAAUUAAAACUCCCACUUUUUCUCUUUCUCUCUCUCAUUUAUUCCCUCUCACAGUGAGCAGGAGUCAGAUCCAGUUUCUCCCCGAGGCUCAGGACGACCCACAGAGGAGAAGACCUGACAUCAGAAAAGCCAAGAUGAUGCUUGGCUGGGAGCCAGUGGUACGUGUGACACAGAGCCGAGUCUCAGUCAGCAGGACUUUUCGCAAUUUCUCACAUGCCCACACACAAACCUUACCUUUUUAAUCGGCCGUGACAGUGCUGCAAAUAUGACCAAAUACUUGCAACAGGUGAUCAGCAUUACAUCUGCAGAUUGCGCAUUUAAAGUCUCCGGUUUUCUCAUUGUUACACACCUCAUGCCGCACAGUGAAAGAUUUAUAAACAGAGCUUUCUCAUCGCAAGCUGAAUUUUUUAUACAGAGGAUGAUUCACCGGAUUAAUGAUAAAACAUUACAUUUACAUUAAUAUGGUAAUACAUUAGUCUCUCAAUCAGUGGUCACUUGGCAUUCAGAGCCACAUUGAACAAAAAAUGACUUUAAUGAUUUAUUUCCGUCGUAAGUUCUGCUCAUAAUGACACGAAAUCAAGUCUGUCUUUAAAAGAUUAACUCUGAUAUCAUUGUUUGAUCGUUUGCAAAACCUCAGAUCAUCUAAGUAGGAAACAUUUUUUUUGUUAAUUGUUUUGUUUCUCAUAAGCCCAGAGCAGUGGGUUGCUUUACUCAGUGUUAAACACAGCUGUGUUCACCGCUUUCAUCUGUUUUGUCUCAGCAUAGUGACUGUUUAUCCAAUCAUGUGUUAUAUCCUGAAAACAGACUGUUGCAGUGAAAUAGAAACCAUUGUGCAAUGAUCAGCCGUCUGUUUGUUUCUGGUGGGGUAUCAAAGACAAAAAAAAUUUGUGUGGGCGACAGUGAAUUUCUACUAAACUGAAGAUUGGACCCUCAGCUGAACUGCUGUGUUAAAGGACUGAUAAAUGGAAAAUGUCACUGACUGACACUGACAAGACAGGAAAACUGUAUCAGGCGCUGCACUGAAUUAUGAUGUGUCAUUCACCUCCUUGUACUUCUCCCCCAGAGGAAAUGUUCAGUUUAAUGUGAGUAAUAACACAAAGUUAUGUCAUUAUAAAAAGGCUUAAGUUACCAAAUUCUUCAGGGCGAGACAAGUUCUCUCUGCUUUGCAUCAGGGAUCCAAGUGUGUAUGGUGAGUGAAUUAAAAUCCCAACACAGGGUAUGUGUGGGGUCUUAAUACAUCUCAAAAUAUCUAAAAACCAAUCAUUUGAAUUUAAGGCCUUUAAAUGUCAAAAAUUCUCUUAAAACCCCUAUUAAAAUGUCUUAAAUACGAUGUUGAAAGGUCUUCAAAAUGUAACAUUCCCUACAAUUAAAUAAUGUGCCAUAGAAAUAAAGACUAAUUUACAGUAGUGUAAAAUCUUCAGAUUUCCCUUCGAGUCUUUAGUACUUCUUUGCCAUUAUGGAUGUAAAAUGUAGGGUCUUAAAAAGUCUUGAAAAGUCUUAAAUUUGACUUGGUGAAACUUGGAGAGACCCUACAACAGGGGGAGCAGGACCCGCAGUUUAAGAGACAGAGGGGCCUUGUCUCAUUCUCAAGGCUGUUCCCAUAUCUGUGCACAGUCAUCAUUCUGUCUUUUUCCUUGACUCUUAAGACCCUCCGAGACAGAAACUAGCUUUUUUUUUGCCACAGUGCCAACAGGCUGGUGAUGUCAUUCUAAUUUGUGUGUGAUAUCCUUUGUGCAGAUUGAUUUGAUUUGUGUGUGAUAGGGUGAUGAUUCAGGGUGGCUCAACACUUGUGAAUGUGAUAUUAUUAAGUACGUCCAUUUAUCUGUAAAAAGCUGAUUAUUAGUGUUACUCUUGUAUAAUCAGAGCCAGUGCCUGCUAAGCCAAACGAUCUAGAUCACUGAACAAGCCUGAGUUCCCAACAGCGAUGAAAUUUACGCUGAGGUUAUCUGAGAAAAGGGGGAGGGGCCAAAGCUGCUCUUACAUAAUAAGAUGGAUCACAGACAACUUGAGCAACCUUCUGUAGAUUUAAAGUAAUCCACAGAUCCUAAUGGAUAAAACGCAUUUAGAUAAAGUCCUUUUCUGGACUUGGAUUCUGGAAGGUGGACUUUCAACAGGGUUUAACAUCAGCAUUAACCUCCACUCAUUUUGAAAUAACAGGUUUGGGCGUUUUGUUCUUGCUUGUCAAGUUUCUGAAGCACUGACCUGAAUUGUGGUUUCUCCUUCGUAGAAAACAUCCUCAUCUCCACAGUCAGAAGCUGUGUAACAGUGCCUGUAAGGUCUGUCUGUCACUUCCAGUGUUUUAUUUGCCCGUUCAGGCAAAGACGUCACUAACUCCAGCCGAUGAGCUGCUCUGUGACUCUGUGCUGGAGGGGUCAGCAGCUUCGUCUCGAAAGCUGAGCGGUAACUUACUAGUGAGACCUCAAAAUUGACGUGUCAUCAACUCACGGCUCUUGUGUGAAGUUGGCCUACGCUGCUCUGUGAUUGGCUUGUUGAUAUUGUAACCCAUAUGUGUGUUUAUUUGUGUAAACAGGAGAGAGUUGAGAAUCACCAUCGUUGUUUUUAUGGAGGUUUGACCAAUCAGAUUCAAGCACCAACGCAGCCAAUUAAUAACAACCCCAAAACCACAACCUGCUCUCUAAACUUUAUCCAUUACUCUCUUGUUACUCUCUCUAUUAUAGUUGAAAUGAAUGCUUAGAUAAGAAAUCAUUCACAUGUUUGUUGUUUAUUCUGAAGCAACGAAUGACAUGUGAUCCUUUUUUCACUCACUUCCAUUAAACUGUUAACUCUGUAUUGAUUAUGUGACAUAUUCAUCUGAAAGAGAACUGAGCUCAUUAAAAACUAUCAUCCAAAUUAAACCGCAGGAAAGAUGCAGGUGUAUCUGAUGUCUUCAGGUGAUAUUUUCCAGUUAAAUGAGUAAUCACACACCGUUCUGUAGGGAUAUUAGGGCAGCUUCUAUCAAUAGUUCAUCAUUAACAGGAAAGUACAUGGCCAGUCUUUUCAUUUACACCUCAUUUCCAUCAUAUCACCCUAUGCUGUCUCUCAUUUACAGGUGCCGUUGGAGGAAGGCUUAAACAAAACUAUCCAGUACUUCAGCAGAGAACUGGAGCACCAGGCCAACAACCAGUACAUCCCCAAACCUAAAGCUGCCCGCAUGAAGAAAGGAAGACCCCGGCACAACUGAGGUCAGGCGUCUGAGCACAGACUCUGCUGAAUCAGAAUGAAGUGAAAAGACUCCCGAAGGGACCCUUGAAGGGGGACUGCCUAAAAUACACUGUCGAGUAAAGCACUCUGGGAUAUUGUCUUUUUCUAAAGGACAGACUACUCAAAUGAGCUGUUGUUGUUGUUGCCUUGUGUCGGAUCUUCGGCUGACUGUACUCUGGAAAAAAGGGCUGAAGUCUGGAACUUUUGUGUCGGAUGGACAAAACUCAAUCAAGGAAGAAAAAAAGAAAUCUGAAACCCAGCCUACCUUUUUGUGAAUUUUUGCUUUUGCUAUUUAAAUUACAAACUAAGAAUCAUGCUAACAGCUUGUGCUGUGAAUCAGUGCUUUUGUGUUCAUUUUAUCAGUUUCAUGCUGUUGUGUCUCCAGAGGUGAGCUACCUGGCUUAUUUGGUUUGGUUUUUUUUCUCCACUGGAUGUUUUGUGCUCUUAUCAGCAGCGUGCAAGCGCCCCGCUGGCUGUUCAUGCAGAGCACCGCGGGGCUGGGAAAGAAAUCCUCCACAAAGACUGUUACAGAAUUAUUAUGUGUUUAUCAGGACAUAAUGGUGUUCUACUUUGUGAAAUCUUAUGUCAGGUUUUGCAUUAUCUAUCUCAGAUGAUGCUGUUUUAAUAAAAUAUUUCCAAUAUUUUGUGAAUGAUCUUAUAAGACAAGAAGGUGAUCAUUUCUACCCUUUUUUUUUUUCAGAUUGGAAGUGAAGAAAAACAGUGAGCUUGGGCAGUACGAGCCACAUCUUUAUUUACAAAAAUCUAGUUAUGCAACAAAAGGCAGAGUUUAGCUGUAUUUUACAGAAAUCAGCUGCAUAAAAACUUACUUGUUAAUCAUAGGCAAUGCAUUUCGAGGGUCAAAUUCUGUGCAUUAUCUCCAUCUUUAGUACUGAUAUAUGAGAAUGGACCUAGGGCAUCAAUAAUACGGGGUCAUACGGUCGGAUGUAGUUAAUUAAAACAACGAGGCUGAAGCAGCUGCAGAGCAAUCAGAUGUUGACAGCUACAUGACAGGUGUCAGACCAGCAGACUAUCCCAGACUGGCGUUAAUAGUAGUCAUAGUUGACAUUAGCUCCAUGUCGGUAGGAUCCAGGGUACCGCGGGCCGAUUGGGGAGUUUUCAUCAUAGUGAUGCUGACGCCCCUGAUCAGUGGAGCGAGCGUGGUCCAUCCAGUAUGACAGGUCGGCCUCCAGCCUCUAGUCAGAGAAAGAGAAAAAAACACCCCGAACGACACGGCUUGUUAGGAAACUCAGCUUCAACAAAUCCCAAGCCAAUAGACAAAGAGGCAGCUGAUAAGGUCUCCUCUUAUACUGUCAUGAGCACAGACACGGAUGGAAGGCAAAUGUUGAAAAGGCCAAUGCUUUCACCGCUCUGGCCUUUUAAGGAAGCAGCAUCCAACAGCGUACAUCCCUGGGAACGACUGCUCCACAGGCCGAAACGAAAACCCUGUCAGCUGUCAAAAAUGGUGGCAGUACGAGAUGAUGUUGUGCACUCUGGCUUUUUUUUUUCCGUCCACAUUAUCUGCUCCCUUGGUUCCUCACUGUCCCCAAAGUGAAUUCUA